AUGGUGAUUUGGGAAGGAAUGCAAAUGAGAAGAGCGAGUUAUGGAGUUUUCGUGUUUCUGCUCUGUGCUUUGGUCAUUGGGGCCUCUGAGGGAGUCAGGAGGACCAAAGAGACGUUUUACGGAGGCGAUUGGGUUGCCCAUGAGGACGAGAUAGAUGAAGACAUGGCAGAGCAGGUAUGGUACCAUUGCAGGAGAGAAUUGAUAGGUGGGAUAGAUGGGGUGGAAGAUCUUGACUUGUAUAUUCCACAUGAAGCAGCCAGCGAGUCGGAAACAGUUUUUUCUUCGAAAAGCAACAUACACAAUGCGAUUUUAGUUCUUCCUCCUCAUGUGAAACAAGCACUUGUUGAUUGCUUAAGAAAGAAAGGUAUUGUGUUUCAUGCUUCUGGCAAAAGGGAUAGUCCCAACAACUGGUUGAUCAACUGCUUUGAGUGGCUUUUAGGUACGGAAAUUGCUCCUAGAAGAUAUUUGGCCAGUGGUUCCCCGGAGAAGAAAGCACCAUCCCCUGCUCCGAAAAAAACACCAGCACCUUUACGUUCACCUUUUAAACAAAAUGGGAAGGGGAGUCCACCUGCCAAACCGGGAGGGAAAGGAGGUGCUUCAAGUCCACCAUCAGAUAACAGUAUGAGUAUGACCAAAAUAAUUUUAAUUUCUGUGGCUUCAGCAGUGAUACUUGUGGUUGUUGUACUGCCGGUCUGCUGCUGUUGUAUAAGGAGAAGGAAGAGGAGAAAAGUUGGUCCGAGAUAUGUACGACCGAAGGAUGACAGGCCUCUUCUCUAUAUAUCUUCUGCUGGUUCUUCACAAGUGUCCAAUAGUGUAGGUUCAAGUAGAGAGUUCAAUGCUGGUGGAAAGGUAGGAAAUUUGGCUAUGAAAAAUGGAAACGGAAAUGGAAAUGAAUCUUCUGAGGCAAAGUCAGAAGCUACAACAGGACCACCCAACCCUUCAAUACCACCUCCUCCUGGAAAAGCAGCUCCUCCGCCUCCUGGACCACCACCUCCUCCUCCUCCUCGUCCUCGCCCACCCCCACCUCCCAAAGCUGCACCUAAACCCAUUCCUGGUAUAGGUAAGGCCCAAAUUCCGCCUCUAGGAAGCCGCAAAGCAAGUGAUGGAGAUGCUGAUGUUGGAAGUGAUUCUGGAAAGACCAAAUUAAAACCAUUCUUCUGGGAUAAGGUUAAUGCCAACCCUGAUCAAUUGAUGGUCUGGCAUGAACUCAAAGCAGGAUCAUUCCAGUUCAAUGAGGAGAAGAUAGAGUCUCUCUUUGGUUAUGCUGCAGGGAACCAAAGUGAGCGCAGAAAGGAUUCACCGUCCAUGGAACCUGCAAUCCAGUAUAUCCAAAUUAUUGACAGAAAGAAAUCACAAAAUCUAUCAAUUCUUCUGCGAGCAUUGAAUGUGACAACAGAAGAAGUUGCUGAUGCCCUCCAAGAAGGUAACGAGCUUCCUGUGGAGCUCCUCCAAACCCUGCUGAAGAUGGCACCAACUUCAGAAGAGGAACUGAAGCUUAGGUUAUACACAGGUGAUGUUGCUCUACUAGGCCCUGCAGAGCGGUUCCUCAAAGUCAUGGUUGACAUACCAUUUGCAUUUAAGCGGAUAGAGGCACUGCUCUUCAUGUGUUCCUUCACAGAGGAGGUCUCUAACACUAAAGAAUCCUUUGCAACUUUAGAGGUUGCUUGCAACAAACUCAGGAAGAGUAGGCUAUUCCUAAAACUUUUGGAAGCUGUACUAAAAACUGGCAACCGAAUGAAUGAUGGUACUUACCGUGGUGGUGCAAUGGCGUUUAGGCUUGAUACGCUCUUGAAACUGGCUGAUGUUAAAGGAACUGAUGGCAAGACCACUCUCUUGCAUUUUGUCGUUCAGGAGAUCAUCCGUUAUGAGGGCAAGAAAGCUGCCCGCAAUGCCAGAGAAUCGGGCCAGAGCAUGUCCCAUAUGAGUACACAGGAGUUUGUUAAAGAAGUUGGUGAGGAAUCAGCAGAGCACUAUCGUAACCUUGGUCUUGAGGCUGUCUCAGGUUUAAGCGAUGAGCUUCAAGAUGUGAGAAAGGCAGCAGUUGUAGAUGCUGAUAGCUUAACUGCAACAGUUUCAAGUCUUGGCACAAAUCUAAUAAAAGCUCGAAACUUUGUAGAGACCGACUUGAAGAACAAUCUGGAUGAAGACAGUGAGUUCCAUCGGGCACUAGCCAGUUUUUUGGAGCGUGCAGAAGGAGAAGUUACAUUUCUUCUGGAAGAAGAAAAGAGGAUAACAACUCUUGUGAAGAACACAGCAGAUUACUUUCACGGGAAUGCAAUGAAGGAUGAAGGUAUUCGUUUGUUUACUAUCGUACGUGAUUUCUUGGUAAUACUAAACAAGGUAUGUGCUGAGAUCAGAAUGCAAGAAAUGAAGCAAAAGAAGACGAAUUCCAGGAAAGAGGCUCUCGCAGAAGCAAGUUCCAAGAAACAUGCUCUUGCAGAAGCAAGUUCCAAGAAAGAAGCUCCCGCAGAAGCAAGUUCAGAAAACCAGUCACAACUGCAGAAGGAAGAAGCAAGUUUAGAAAAGAAAGAAAAGCCUCCCACAGAAGAUGGUUCAGAAAAGAAAGAAAAGGCUCCCACAGAAGAUGGUUCAGAAAAGAAAGACAAGGUUCCCACAGAAGCAAACUCAGAGAAGAAAUACAAGGCUCCCAUAGAACCAAGUUCAGAAAAGAAAGACAAGGCUCCCACAGAAGCAAGUUCAGAAAAGAAAGUUAAGGCUCCCACAGAAGAAAGUUCAGAAAAACAGCCAGAAAGUCGAAACCCAUCUUUUGAUCGCGAUUUUGGUCGACGACUCUUUCCAGCAAUUGCAGGACUGCGAAUAGAGGACGAUUUCAGUUCAGAUGAUGAGGCUUGA